AUUCAAGAAAACCCAACAACAACAACAACAACAACAACGUCGUCAAGAAAACCUAUCGGGAAAUCAAGAACUCCAUCGAUCGAUCUUAGCAAUCCAAUCAAAAAGCAAAGCAGAAGAAGAGCCAUCCCACCACUCCAACCGAUCAUCAGAUGUCCCAAUCGAGUGAUCAUUCCCGAGAUCCAUGUCCGUGGGUGAUCCUGAACGACUUUGGCGGGGCGUUCGCAAUGGGCGCGAUCGGGGGCACGGUAUGGCACGGAGUCAAGGGGAUGAGGAAUAGUCCCAAAGGCGAUAGGUUGAGUGGCUCUCUAGCUGCAAUCAAAGCCCGAGCUCCAGUUGUAGGCGGGAACUUUGGGGUCUGGGGCGGGAUGUUUUCGAGCUUCGAUUGUCUCGUCAAAGGAUAUCGACAGAAAGAAGACCCAUGGAAUGCAAUCUUGUCCGGGUUCAUGACCGGGGGCGCCUUAGCUGCCCGCGGAGGAGUGCGUAGCAUGGUCGGAAGCGCGAUCGGCUGUGGAGUCUUGUUGGGCGUCUUCGAGGGUGUGGGAGUCCUCUUCCAGCGGCUGUUUGCGGAAAACAAUCGGCCCAUCGCUCCCCCGAUCGAACCCGUCGCAGCCCCUCAAACACCCUCAAAUGUCGUCACAUCCUCAUGAACAUCCGAGCUUGUAUCCAUCAUCAUCAUCAUCAUUCAUCAUGACCCACCCGGAGCUUGUACCCUCGAUUAUAUUCUGCAAUCGUCAUCCAUCCAGAUCCGUUUCCUCACUCGCUCUCUCCUCUCCUUUUCGUUCCGCCCUAUUGUUAAUGAGAAAUAUCCCGUUUGUUGUCAAGCUUCUCAUGAUGCACUAUUCAAACAAAAUCAUCAUUUGCAGGGUGUAAAGAAAUGGUAGAAGAUCUACAUAUAAUUUGCACAGCUCUCUCUCUCUGUCUUUAACCUGACCUGACCCGCCACCUAGAUAUAAAUAUACCUCUUACUAUUGCAACCGACUCACUUUGGUCCAAAUGUUCAUGCACCCUAAUCACCAAUUGUACCUAUCUCACAAUUUCACACUCAGCUUGUCCGUUUCUUUUCAUCAAUCCCUACUCAAUUUAAAUUGCCUUAUCUCUAUCCUAUGCUACUUAAAAAUAUCAUUCUAUUAUUGGCUUUUGGUUUCAUAUUCACUCUGAAUAUCUAAAUCCUUCCAUUUUUGUUUGACUCCACUCAACUUUUUUUCAUUUCUUUCUGAGUUGUUGGUUGGUCUUAAUAUUUACAUGGAUGAUCUUUUAUGAAAUGUACAUAAUCAGCUACAAAAUACUCAAGACAGACCAAUCAAAAUCGAAUUUUCAUUUUUCUCUUGCAUUGAGUUGUUCAUUUCUAACAUGUUCAAUCAAAGAAACAUGAUGCAG